GUCAUUUUGGACGGCAUUUUGAUGGUAUAAAACCCUAUUUUCAAUCCUACAUUUCAUACAACUAGAUUAAGUAUUACUCAUGGCUAAACUUGUAUCUAGCUGGUCUAAUGGAGUUAAAUUUAUUCCCAAAGACUAUGUAAUGCCACCCGAACGAAGAGCCGGAGAUUACAUUACAGUUUGCAAGGAAAUUCCGGUGAUCAAUCUUGAGGAUGAUCGGUCAGAGAUCGUUCGACAAAUUCUAAAAGCAUGUCAAGAAUUUGGUGUAUUUCAGGUGAUCAAUCAUGGGGUUUCUGAUAAGAUGAUGGAGGACAUGAUGGCUUUGUAUGAUGAGUUCUUUAACUUGCCGGUUGAGGACAAGUUAGGCGUUUACUCAGAGAAACUGCGUAAGGGGUGUACGCUUUACACGAGCGGAUUGGAGUAUGCAAAAGAGGAUGUUCACUAUUGGAAAGACACUUUGAAGCACCCGUGUCAUCCUGUAGAAGAACACUCGCCAUCUUGGCCUGAUAAGCCAUAUAGAUACAAGGAAGAAGUGGCGAGAUAUGUGGUUGAGGUACGAAAAAUGGGAUUCAAGAUUUUGGAUAUGAUCGGGGAAGGACUUGGUCUAAGAGAAGGGUACUUCAAUGAAGUGAGCCAAGAACAUUCAAUGGCGAUUAACCGUUACCCGCCAUGCCCAAACCCGAGUCUAGCCAUGGGCAUAGCUGGUCACAAUGACCCUAACCUCAUAACAUUCCUUCAACAAGAUCACUAUGGGCUACAAAUACUGAAGGAUGGAAUAUGGAUGGGUGUGGAACCAAUUCCAAAUGCUUUUGUAGUCAACCUAGGCUACCAAUUUCAUGUUAUAAGUAACGGGAAGCUAAAAUGUGUGGAGCAUCGUGGCCUCUUGAAUUCAAGUGUAUCUCGAACAUCCAUCGUGACGUUUUUGGGACCAAAUCCUGAACUUCCUACUGUUGUUGAACCAGCAAAAGAGUUGGUUACGUCGAGCAAUCCACGGAUGUUCAAAUCAUAUCGGUACAACGAGUUCAUAGCAAAUUACUUGGUAAUGGCCUACAAUCGCAAAUCAGGUUCUCGUAAUGGAUACGCAUUGGAUCCUUACCGGCUCUAAACAGAAACCGUUGUUUGGAAACUUUGUAUAAAAGUUGGUUUUAUACAUUAAUGUUGUGUGCUAUGUUAUUUUCUUUUCAGAUAUAAAUAUAAGGGUAAAUUACUUUUUGAGUCCCUGUGUUUUAUGAAUUUUGACUAUUUGAGUACAAAAGCAAAAAGUUUAA